UUUUCGUUAGCUUGGAAAGAUAGCGGUAGCGGACGAGUCGUGGGGGAAAAAAAGAAAUAUUAAUGUAUUAAUGUAGAAUUGUUACGUUAUUGCUCAGGAACGUACUACUGUUGAGCCCCCAAGGCGCCUUUUUAGGAGAAGAAAAUGAUCCGCUUCAUCCUGAUCCAGAACCGAGCAGGGAAGACUCGUCUGGCCAAGUGGUACAUGCAGUUUGAUGAUGAUGAGAAGCAGAAACUGAUCGAGGAGGUUCAUGCUGUGGUUACUGUCAGGGAUGCCAAACACACCAACUUUGUGGAGUUCAGGAACUUCAAGAUUAUUUACCGGCGUUACGCUGGUCUGUACUUCUGUAUCUGUGUGGACGUGACCGAUAACAACCUGGCGUACCUCGAGGCCAUCCACAACUUUGUCGAGGUGCUGAACGAGUAUUUUCACAACGUGUGUGAACUGGACCUUGUGUUCAACUUCUACAAGGUGUACACGGUGGUGGACGAGAUGUUCCUGGCAGGAGAGAUCAGGGAGACCAGUCAGACCAAGGUUCUCAAGCAGCUCCUCAUGCUCCAGUCACUAGAAUAAUAAAAAAU